AUGGUGCACUGUAUAUUUAGUUUCUGUAAUUUCGCGAGUAAGUGCUGCAAGGAUCUGUUUUUUCCUUGCAAGGUUAAAAGUAAAUGCUUCCAGGUAUCUAUACGAAAUGGUAAAUUAAGCAGUAGCAUGAUCUUUCUGAAUAAAUUGUCUUCUACAAUGGCUGCAAUAUCUCCGGUUUUGUCAGUAAAGCCCACGCGAGGACUCGUGAAUGAAAAGAUCCAGAUAAUUGUAAGGAAUUUACCUCCACGGUUCCCAGUGACACUACAUUCCCUUUAUCUCUCCGAGGAUAAGGAUUACUGGGAGGCGUUCGGGCAUUACACCAGUGACAACAGAGGCACGGUGACAGUGUCGGAGCAUGCCAGUGUGGGAGGAACAUAUGAAGGCUCAGAGCCCAUGGGUCUACUGUGGAGCAUGCAGCCUGUUCCAAGGAGUCGAACAGGCCUCCGGUUGAGAAAGAUGAAUGUCCUCACUCCCAUGGUGGUACACAUCUCUGUGUACAGUGGUCAUGUGACUGAGGGCUUCAGCAAGCAGUCUCCCCUAGCAACUGUUGUCAUAGAGCGAUGGUACCUGGCACCAGGUGUUCGCAGAAUUGAUAUCAGGGACGAGGAGGUCAAAGGCACCCUGUUUAUACCCCCAGGUCCUGGACCUUUCCCUGGUGUGUUGGAUUUGUGGGGAGGAGGAGGUGGACUGGUGGAGUACCGCUCUGCACUCCUAGCGUCACAUGUUUUUGUUUCCAUGGCCCUAGAAUACUUUUCCACUGAGAAGAAUAGAGCCUCAAACCUUCAUAUCAAAUACUUUGAGAAAGCAUUCAGGAUAGUUCAAGAGCACCCCCUGGUGAUGAAGGACAGUGUUGCACUGUUUGGUCUUUCCUUAGGAACAUCAAUCACCCUCCACAUGGCAGCCUACUCCAAAGCAGUCAGUCCAAGAUGCUGUGUGUGUGUCAGCGGGAGUCACGUCCAACCAAUCAACUCGCCACAAAAUAUUUUUAUAAACCUUCAAGAGAACACACACAAAUACCAAUUUGAUGAAGAGGGCUGUUUGGUCUGGAAAGACAUCAUUCUGCCUAUUCCAAAUGACCCUGGACUGAAAGUGGAUAUGGGGAGAAUAAAGUGUCCUGUGAUCUUGAUUGUCAGGGAGGAUGAUCAGAACUUAGCCACAGUGGAGUCUGCCGAGGAUAUGACCCAGAUGAUGCGUGCUGCAGGAAAUAAACACCUGCUGACCACGUUCCGAUACCCCGGUGCUGGACACCUCAUUGAGCCACCCUACACUCCCCACGUUAGAGCCAGCAACUUCAUAGUGCAACAAACAGGAGAGAAAGUGAUCAUGUUGUGGGGAGGAUCCCGUAAACCACACGCCUCUGCUCAGGAAGGUUCCUGGGAAAUGAUUCUCAAGUUUUUACAGCAACAUCUCUACCCCAGCCAAGAUUCGUUCACCCAGGCAAAGCUUUGAUGUUACACCCGAGGCCUUUCCAGACCUCUAAUUAGUAAUGUUUUGACUUGACAGUGUUAGGGCUGGUUUCACAGACACAGAUAAAGCCUAGUCUAGGACAACAACAAAAACAAGCUCAAUGGAGUUUUCUAUUAAACUGCAUUUUUUUAAAUCUAGACUAUGCUUAAUCCGUUUCUGCAAAACCUGCCUUUAAUGUAUUACAAGACUUGAAUAAUUAUCAAAGGACUAGUGGAAACUGCUGUAUGUCUUGAGGACUGGUGACUAUUAUUUUGUGUGGUGAGUUUUGGGAUAAUCUUGGGAUUUUUUCACAUUUGAAAAUGGUUAGAUUUGUAGUAUUUAUGCUAUUUAUGCCAUUUUAUACACUGAUGAGCCAACACAUUAUGACCACCUGCCAAAUAUGCUGUUGGUCCACUGCCAUGAAGGGGUGCAACGAUGUUUAGGCAGGUGGCACAUGUUAAAUUCAUGUCCACAUGAAUGCCCGGACCCAGGGUUUCCCAGAAGAACAUUGCCCAGAGCAACACUACCUCCGCCGGCUUUUCUUCCCACAGUGCAUGCUGGUGCCACCACUUGCCCAGGUAAACAGCACACACAUACCUGGCCAUCCACGGUGAUGUAAAGGAGAACAGGACCCAUUGGAGCAGGUGACCUUCCACUGCUCCAAGGUUGAGUUCCGACACUCGCGUGCCCAUUAUCGGCAGUUGACAGGGUUUUUAUGGGCUCUCUGACAGGUCUGCUGCUAUGCAGCAGGGUGCGAUGCAUUGUGUGUUGUGACAUUCCUCCUGUAACCAUCAUGAACGUUUUUUGUGACUUAUGUCAAACCCUGUAAUUAUCCACAACACAUUCAGUGAAAGUUUUCUUGGGAAAUAUUUUUGAACUAGAUUAAUAUCUUAAUAUAUCUAGCAAACUGGAUUAUUAAUCACUUUAAACUGUAGGACAAUGUGUGAAAACCAACAGAUGCUCUGUAAUGUGCUUUAUAUACAACUAAUCUAUAGUGUUAAUACCAGGCUGUGCCUAAAUCAUCUGACUGCCAUUGCAGACAACUGAUUCUGUUUUUUGAUUCUGGAUGAAAUGCAUGUAAUGUCUGUGAAAAUAUUAAUGUAUAAAAUAUCCAAACCCA